AUGCCUUCUGAAUCCGAAUUCCAUCUAUUCACCUCCCUUCGCUACGAUCCUAUUCUUCUCACCUCAGAGGAGAACUCCCAGCCAUGGCUAAAUUAUGUCUCGCCUUCGCCUUUCUACAUGCUUGCCUAUCAUCGCGAUCGAAUGCUCGAAGCAGCGCAGCAUUUUGAUUUCCACACUGUAGCAGAAAAACUUCAGAGCGGCGAAUCACUGCAUGAAGAGCUCUCGAAAGAAGUAAAAGAAUACAUUGAGAAAGGUGGACAAGAUGAAGCCAUGAAGCUCCGUAUUCUGUUCGAUAAGGAUGGAAACAUGACGGUGGAAUUUAUGCCUCUCCCACCCGUCCCCCUUACAACACUCUACCCGCCGUCUCUCUCACCUCCAAACCCAGCUUCCCAGCGUCACCCCGCAAACACCUCUACCAAUGCCCAACCAGACUCUACUGUCAGUCUGAGCUCUAAUGAUUCAUCAUCUCUCUCCAAGCCGGAUCCGCCAGAAUGGGUCUUCCGACUCGACACUGCAGCAACGCCAUCAACCCCCUUCACGCUCCUCAAAACAACCUACCGCGACUUCUACGAUCAGUCGCGAAACCGUGCUCUCCCCAACAACCCGCAAGGCCAGGCUUACACCGAAGUUCUCCUCUACAAUGAGGUCUCGGAACUCACCGAGGGAACUAUGACUUCGUUGUACCUUUUCCGUGGGGGUCGCUGGGUGACCCCGCCGGUAGGCGUGCCAGUCGGCGAGUUCAAUUCGUCAACGCUCAAGACGAGUGGCGAUGGAAAUAAAGACGCGGAUGAGGGUGAGUUGAGAAAGCCGUUUGCGGGGAGGUGGGGACAUAGUGUGAGGAGUGCUAAGGUUGGGGCUGGAGGUCAGAGGGGAACUAGUCGGAGGUGGGCGCUGAAGAAGGGGUUCUGUAUGGAGGAGCCGGUUAGUGUGGAUACGGUGACUGUUGGCGAGGGCGUUUGGGUUAGUAACGGGGUAAGGGGCUUUGGGUUUGGGCGGGUUGUCGAGUAG